CACCAAUUAUUCUUACCCAGCCUAUAAAUCAGACCUUUUAACUUUUUCUUCGUUUUUUUUUCGCAUUUUGAAUUUAUGAGAUUCCUUUUGUAGUUUUGUUAAAAACUAAUACUCGUAUUAAAAAUCUUCUGGGCUUCUUCAAUUACUUGUAUCGAUCUCCGAUGGCUGCCACAUUGAAGUUAGUAGCUCUUCUUCUUCCACUAUUUGCAGCCGUAUCCUUGAGCUUUUCCGUAACUCCAAUCGCCGCCCUCUACGUCGGCGUUGACGCUCAGACCGGUCUUACCUUGGAUAAAGAGUGUAGUAGAACUUGUGAAUCCAAGUUCUGUGGAGUGCCUCCCUUCCUAAGAUAUGGAAAAUACUGUGGGCUGCUCUACAGCGGAUGCCCAGGAGAGAAGCCGUGUGACGCCCUUGAUGCUUGUUGUAUGCUGCAUGAUGAUUGCAUUCAAAUCAAUGGCAAUGACUACCUAAGCCAACAUUGCAACACAAACUUUUUGAAAUGUAUGACCACAUUCGAGAAAUCCAAUGCUUUGACGUUUAAAGGCAACACUUGCGAUGUGGAAGAGGUUGUGAAUAUUAUCAGUGAUGUCAUAGAUGCUGCCAUUAUCGCUGGGAAAAUAUUCCACAAACCUUGAAUUAUGCCUUAUCUGCAUUAGCCAACACAGCAGACACCUCUUGACAUGUUUAGUUAAACAAAACAGUCCAGAGAAAAACUUGUAAUUUGUGUGUUCUUUCAUCUUGUUUUUUUUUUACUGCAUUUUGUGUUUUGAGUACUUUUCUGUGAGAAUACACUAGUUGGGUUAAAUCUAGUAGCUAGUGUUGUGUUGGAGAGUUGGAGGUAUUAGAUUCUUUUUGUUGAAGUAAACUAGUUGGGUUAAUAAACUAUCAUAUUAGAUAUCAUACUAGUUGGGUUAAUAAACUAUCAUAUUCUUA